AAGCUAUUAUUUAAAUUUGAGACUUUUGAAUAAAACAGAGGAAAAGUUUCAGAAAUCUAAAAUUAUUUUCCAUGUGUUGUUGCUUUUCAAAUUGGUCCAUGCUGAAAAUGGCAUCAUCUUAUCGUCUGCAUUCAAUGGGGAAUCAGCUUAGCAUUGAAGAUCAAAAAGAAUCAAAGGGUGUCUUUCAAGUGAUAGAAUUACUGGAGGGAGACAGCUGCUCAGAUCUGUCAGGUGAAAAAGGAAAGGUGGACUUGAGAUUAUCAGAGCUAAAAGUGCCAUUUCUAAGAGAGAAUUUUAUCGAUGCAAAAUGUGUUCCAAUGGAAAUGGAGCUUCAAACUCCAAAAGAAUUUUGUAAUGGAGAAUCUGGAGGAGGAAUUAUGGAUUCAAAAGAGGAUUAUUUUCAAAACAAUGUUCAAGUUGCCCUCUCUUGCUUGCCAUCAGGAUGUGUUGGUUUCUCAAACUCAAUGUUAUCGUGUGCUUCUGGUCGUAUUGAUGUUCUGAAACCAAACCCUGGGAAGGCAGAGGAUGCUGCAAAGUUUUCCCCUUUAUCUACCUCUUUUGGUGAUUUUCAUUUGGGUGAUAGGAAAGGUAGAGGGUUGCACUGUCAUGAUAAAGGAAAGAACUUGGCCAAUGACAUGAAACCUGUGCGGAAAUGGUCUAGUAGUUCAGGAUUUAGAGGUGUUGACAAUCAUGCAAAACAGUCGGAGAUGAUGAUGUUUUCUUCCAAAAAAUUCUCUAAUGUGAAGAACUGCUACAGGUCUUCAAUCUACUACCCAGGCAGGUCAUAUAUGGCUGAGAAGGCAAAGAAGCAAAUCUCAGAAAGAUGGAGGAUGACUAAAGAGUUUCAAGAUGGACUGGACAGUGGGAAUAGGGGCAGAAGCAGAACCCUUGGUGAGAUGCUUGCAAUGUCAGACCAUGAAUCUAACCCAGAACACUCAUAUGAUAAGCUGGAUGAGCAGAGAUUGGGCAACAGAAUCAACCCAAUGAUAACUGUAGGAUCCGGCUGCAUGCAGUCUCAGGGUGUUCCUUAUUUGGAACCAGAAAAUGAGCACUUGAUUGAUGGAAACUAUGUCAUCCAGAACAAGGUGAAGAACAGCAUUGAGAAGAACGAUCUAUCUGGACAACAUUCGGUGGCCUCUGAGUUAUCAAGGCAUGUUGUUCUUUUCUCUUCUAGUCAUGCCACACGUGAAGCUUGGCUAAUGCAUAAGGAUCAAAAGAACAAAAUCAAGGAUGGAAAUCUGUCCGGGCAGAAUUCUGUGGGGAGUGAAUUGAUUGAGGUCUCUGAAGAGGGGUUCUGUUUCUUCACAUUACUCAAUCGCAGAUCUAAUUCUGUUGUGAACUCAGAGGCACAGCUCAGUCCAGUUUCAGUUUUGGAGACAUUUGAGGACGAGAUAUCAUCUUGUUCAGAUUUCUCUAAGAGCAUUGAUGCUGGGUUACAUGGUUAGUGAGCCAGAAGAACUGGUUUAUUCUUGUGAUUAUUUUACUCAAUUUUACAAGGCUAAGUUCUUUUGCAUUCGUUUUUAUUAGGUGUGAGGCUGCAACGUGAAAUGCUGAAAUCAAAAUCUUUGGAAGAA